AUUAUUCAUAUUAAACUCUUCGAGGCAGUAUGUCUUCUACCAUCACGAUGUACGCACAAAGGUUCGCUUACUAUAUUAUAGUACUCUUAUUGUUGAAAAUAACACAUUCCCAUAUUUCGGCCAAACAAAAUCACUUAAUGUCGGAACAAUGGGCGUUAGAAGAUAUGCCUUUUUUAUCCAUUAUUUUUGCAACAUCGGAAUAUUUGCCGGCUGGACCAUGUAAAGAAGAUACACGGAGAUUUUUGCAUGACCUACUUAACGGUUCUCUAUGGGCUACACAAAUGUUUGAUUCUUCUACUAAAUAUCCGGAUGGUAUAUUCUACGGACAUACAAGACACGUAGGAAAUUUUGACGAAUGUUAUAACAUGCAAGUUAAUGUUAUCGAAGAGGGUGCUGAUGUGCAUGAAAUCAAUGGAAAAUAUUGUCGAAUCAAUAUUACAUAUAAGAAGAUGCAAACUAUAUCGGUCCAAAAGAAAUCAUCAAAAUCACAGUAUAUAAGCAAUUCGUUGGACAUGAGAAAUUCCUUUUGGAAACUAUUAGAGGUCGAGGAGGACCCGCUUUAUGGCUUCUAA